UCUAAGCUGAGGGUGUCUGUUGCUAGUGGGGACAUGGACGCCGCUCCUACAACCGUGUUGGCAGCCGGGGAUGCCACGUGCGACGAGACGGUGUGUGAGGCACUGGGUCGCUUCGAGGCCACGCUGGCGGCGGCGGUGCGCGAGGUGCACGUGGACGUGAGUGCCUUCAAGCGGGGCGUGGAGCGGCGGGUGGACGAGGCGUGUCAAGCCCAAGGGCCCCUGGCCGAGGCGGUGCAACGGCUGACGCAGGAGAACCUGCAGCUCCGGAGUCAGCUGGAGGCGCUGGCCCGCCUGGUGGAGGGUCUGACAGGGAAAGGGGUGGACAGGAGCGCCCUGGAGGAGAGGGACAGUAGGGGACAGAUCCCCAUGACUUCGUCCCAGGGGAUGGUGAACAGGAGCCACGGGAGUCCCUCCACCAUGGUCCCCAAUGGACCGUCAGAGUCUGGUUCUUCUGGUCUUGGUUCUGGGUCUUCUGGUUCUGGCGCCUCUAGUUCCACAUCAGCCCAUCUCUCCAGCAGAGAGCCCAUGGAGGACAACAUGGUUAAUCACCAACUCAGGCUCCUGCAGCCCCUCCAUCUCCUUCCCCUGCACCCAAAACACCUAGUCAACCAGUAUUUGAGGAUACCACACCCAAAGCAUCGGGAGAAUUUCCUUUCAAACGUGGUGAACGUGGUAAGGGACACAAGUACUCUCUCCCUACUAUCUCUUUCCUCUUUUCCGUUUCCGACUUUGUUCUUUCACAUUUCUUUGUCUGACCUCCAGUUCUAUUUCAUUUUUUUUCUUUUCUUUCGUUCUUUUACAGUAGCAGUUAAGGCAGCGAGCCCGAGUCUAACGCGUAGCAUGAGUUUCCCAGCAACCACAGAAAAACUCCUACCACCCAGAAAGGUGCCUCCCCCUGGCACAGACAGGAGCCUGGUCAAGUUUGGCGGUUCGGACAAGUUUGGUGGUCCAAAUAAAUUUGGUGGUCCAAACAAGUUUGGCGGUCCGGACAUGCUUGGGGGUGGUGGGGAGCGGAAACUGCAGAGGUCACAAACGCUUCCUCGCAACCUCGGGAUGCAGAGCAAACGGUCUCUGUUUGAGAGUUUGGCCUCCGAGUGUGACAGGUCCAAGGCUGCAGGCUCCAAGCCCAAACUGCAGCGCUCCCAGAGUUUUAACAGCGCCAGCAGCAUCAAGGCAAUGCUCCUGGAGUGGUGCCGAUCCAAAACUUUUAGCUACCAGAACAUAGACAUCCAGAACUUCUCAUCCAGCUGGUGUGAUGGAAUGGCAUUUGCUGCCCUGGUCCACUCCUUCUUCCCCCUGGAGUUUGACUACAACACACUGAAUCCUGCCAAUCGCAAAAACAACUUUGAAGUGGCCUUCACCACAGCAGAGGAGCAGGCUGACUGUGUUCGUCUCAUAGAGGUAGAGGAUAUGAUGGUGAUGGGUAACAAACCAGACCCCAUGUGUAUCUUCACCUACGUCCAGUCCCUCUACAACCACCUCAAGAAGUUUGAGUGACACCCCUGUGCAGAGGCGAUCACCCCUAUCACCAGGCACACUGACACUUCGUCAGCGAGCCAAAGCACUACUCCCUACUUUGUUCAACUCUCGAUAACUGUAUAUAACGAUUGUGCUUGUACAAUUCUAUUUGAAUUUGUCUUGUCAUAUAAUAAUGUGGUUUGGGGCUCUUAUUUUGCCUCCUUUAGAAAAUAGAGGUAGUGAAUUGGAGAAAAGAUUGUAGUUUUACAAAUAUAUUUUUUAACUCAGAGAGCCACCUGCUGGUUAUUUUCUAGUGGUGUAAUUAUGAUUCAAUGUAGAUCAUAAAAUAAAUGAAACAAGAUUUCUAAAAUAGUGUUUGUCAUGCAUGAAGCUAGCAAAACACCUGAAAGACAUAAUUUAAAAUUCAAGUUGUAAAGAAAGUGGGAAGAAAGUGAAAAUGAAAGAAGUGUAAAUGCAAAGAAAGGUGGCAGGAACAACUUGUUAGUUGUACGCACUGGUCUUGAAUCAGUUUGGCCUUCUGCUAAUGCCAUUGGCAUUUUUGACUGUCUUGCAGUGAGAUCAUGAUAUUUACAGGUAUGUUGAUGUUUAAAAGACGUCUGUUUUUUAUGUAAUAAAAAGUCCAGAUUGUCACUGUUACAAAUAAAUAGCUGUAUCUACAAAUUGUAUUCAAUGUCAAUCAAAUGUAUUGGAUUAGCUUUUAUUUCAACUGUAUUAAAAUAAUAGUGAUGUACACUA